UUAGGCCGAUCAGGAGCAAAAAAAAUGGAUUUGGAGGGUAAACAUGUAGUAUAUGUGGCCGAUUGUGGGGGUAUAGCCUAUGAGACUUGUAAGGUUUUGGUAACUAAAAAGAUAGCGAAACUGGCUAUUUUACAUAGUAUUGAAAAUCCCCAGGCUAUUGCCCAACUUCAAGCCCUAAAUCCCAAAACUCAAAUAUUUUUCUGGAAAUUCGAUUUCACCAUGACUCGAUCGGAAAUGCAGCGUUACUUUGACGAUGUAAUGACUCAAAUGGACUAUAUCGAUAUUUUAGUCAAUGGAUCUACCUUGUGCAAAGAGCAAGAUGUGGAUGCCACCAUCAAUAUAAACUUGGCAGCUCCUAUUAAUAUUAUCACUUGUGUUUUGCCCUAUAUGGAUAAGAGCACGGAGAUGGGACGUGGUGGCAUGAUAGUAAAUAUCAAUUCAGUUACCGGAUUGGAUCCAUCGCCUGUAUUUUGUGUCUAUAGUGCGGCAAAAUUUGGUGUAUUGGGAUUUACUAGAAGCUUGGCGCAUCCCAUUUAUUAUGACAAAACCGGUGUGGCUGUAAUGGCCAUUUGCUGCGGUCCCACCAAGACUUUCAUAAGGCAUACGAUGAAAGCAUUUUUGGAAUAUGGACAGGAGUAUGUGGAUAAACUAAAAGGGGCACCGUGUCAGGAAACCGCAGUGUGUGCACGCAAUAUAGUGCGGGCCAUAGAAAUGGGUUCGAAUGGGCAAAUAUGGUUGGCUGACAAUGAUCGCUUGGACAUUGUGAAACCACAACUCUAUUGGCAAAUGUCCGAGGAGCUAAUAGAAUAUAUGGAGCGCUAAGAAAAACGGAACGGAACAAAGUGAAAUGCAUAUUUGCUUACCAACCCCAUAACAAGA